AUGGCCGGCGACAUCAGGCUCACGAGCUCUGUGCUGAAGCAAGACAACAGCAAGCUCGAAAAUCAAGUUUCACUCUACGCAGCUGGAUUCCCCUGUACUCCUUAUAGUAGCCUGGGGGAGAGGGCCUGCCUCAGAGAUGUCAAUGCGAAGCCACUUUUCGCUUGCGUAAAGCGAAUGAAGGUCACCAGACCAAAAAUAGCUAUCCUGGAGAAUGUGAUGGGGUUCAAGAGUGUGGCAGAGGAGGUGGCCGCUUUUAUCGCGAAGACUGGCUACGGAGCUCCACUGUCGAGAAGGAGGCUGUACCUCCUGUUAAUCCAGGAGUCUGCUCUAACUGAUGAGGCAUCACAGAUGGAUUUCAUGGAGUUCAUCCACAAGAAAUUGAAAGCUAUGAAAGAUUUGCUUCUUCCGGAAGAUCACCCUGCGGUCCAGAAGGACAUGAAGAAGCGGCGCAAGCGCCGAUGCCGCAACUUUAAGCGGCAGCUUGACAAAAAUGCCAAGUGGAUCCAAAAGCACAAACAAUGGGCAAAAGAACACAAGGCGCUGGAUCUGCUGCUUGCAGCGCAUGGAAGCAUCAGUGCUGCCAACACCAGUCAAUCUUUGACCCAAAUGCCGAUGCUGACGGAUGAUUCGCAGUGCUCAUCUUCGGAGGAGCCUGCUGAAUCUGAUUCCGAAUCUUCUCUGAGCUUUAGUUCCUCGGAAGAUGACACUGCCGAAGGUCUUUCCAAUGUGGACUUGACAUAUGAGAGGGUGGUUUCACUACAGCGAACUCCCAAAAAGAUGCAAACAGCCUAUGCUAAGGGUGGGGCUUCUGUGAAACGAAUGAGGGCUGCGCUAGAGAAGCCUAUUUGUGCAUGUAGGACCUUGUGCUCCGCCUGCCGUGAAGCGAGCGAGUGUGGAGAGCUUUAUGGUUCACCUGUACUGGUCUACUGGCGAGGCCAUGCCUACUGGGAAACUUGGAUUGCAUCGAAGUCAAACAUGGAGAAGGGGGGUGAAGAGUUGCGACAAGAGCUUUUAGAGCGGCUUAUCGAUUGUCGAUUGGUUGGAGCCACAUCUCAACUCAAUUUCAACCGAGAGCCAGAACGUUUGCCACUCCGCGAGCUACCUCACGGUAUGUCAAAGGUGGAGAAAGUGUCUGCGAUUUCACAAGCGGAUGUGCAGAGCCAUGUCUAUUGGUGUGAUGCUUUGUUAAGUCACUACACACGCACCUAUCAAGAUCGCUUGGUGUACUGGGAAGCAAGAGAACGUGCCAAAAUUCAACGAGACAUACUUGUCCUGAUCCAGGAUGGUUAUGAUAAAGCGAAAGUCACCCUGCCGAGAUAUCCUUUUGGACGAAUUCCAAAGAAGGGUACUUCCUUGACCCUCACUGGUGUGAUUGUCCACGGGUUUGGAAUCUAUCUCUAUAUCGCUGAUGAAGGGAUGGCAGGCGGAGCAAACUGGUCCAUUGAAAUCGCGAUGCGCUCCAUUGACAAAGCCUGGGAGAUUUGCCGUUCUCUCAACCAACAGCUGCCGCGAGAGACCCUGAUUCAACGCAUGCGGCCCCUGUUCCAGAAGAAGGGCCUCCGCUUUGAGGUGGAGCUGGUCGACACCAUCCGAGAUUGGUGUCGGAUCAUGCCUUCAUCCGCUACUUUGCGAGAUGCUUAUCGAGCACGAAAGGGUGACAAAGAUCAUGAUGAGGGUUUCAAGGUUCCACAAAGCUUCACUUUCAUGGCAAGAGAAGGACUACCGGGCCAGGGCAAUGGGCUUCAGUUGGAGGAGACUAUUCCAAGGCGUUUGAGAUCUGAUGGAAAUGGAAGGGACAUCUUUGCGAUGGUGAAGCUUUCGAUGUCGGAUGGGAUCCUAUCACAGCCUCCGUUGUGUGUGUACCCACAAAGUCUCUUACAGUCAACCGAAUCUUUUUUCAACUGCUUGAAUAGCACAACCUCCAUACUGACCCAAUCCUUGGAUGAAACAAGAGCUGCUGAUCUCAAUGAGCUUGCUUCAGUGAUCGAGGUGGACUACCCUCACAUGGGGCGUUCCGUGAGGUACUUAAGGCAAAUCACCAACGGUGAUCGGCCGCGUGCACCUUACAAGCAGUUGGGAUUUAUUUCCGCGGGGCCUCAAGCAAAUGCUGGGGUUGGAAAUGUACAGUUAGGGCGUCCUGCGCCUGCGCCCAAACCCCACAAGCUCAGGGUCGUUUUCCAUCAUCGAGCAUGA